AUGGCCGCAGAGGAGCUGGAUAAAGUGAAUGUCAUUACAGGCCUUUCAAACCGAGCCCUGCAGGAGUAUGAAAGCCUGCAGAGGAAGCAUGAGACUGCAGCCAUGGAGUGCAAGAGGCUGGAGGAGGAGAGAGACAAGGCCAUCGAGAAGCUCAGUGAGAUCCAGCAAGUCUCUCAGAAGGUCAUUGAAGAGGUCAGUGCCAUUCAGGAGAACCUGGAGAUCGAGAGGACGUGCAGAGAGAGCGCUGAAGCCCUGGCCUCCAAGUUGAACCGUCAGAACCGCUCCCUGAAGAGGAAGAGCAUGAUGCUGCUGUCCCACCUCAGCCCGGAGACCCUCUCAGAGAUCAGCCUCGAGGACGAAGAGGAGGAGGAAGAGGAGGGUGGUGGUGGUGAAGGCCUGAAUGCAGCCAGCAAGGCCUGCCUCUCCCCCCAGUGCCAGGCCACCAUCUCAGAGCUCCAUGAAAAGUUGGAGUCAACACUCAAGGAGAAGAAUCGAGCAGCAGCUGAUCUCGAGGCCGUCAGAGACCAGCUGAGGGAAACCAGGGAAGAACUGCUGAAAGAGAAACACGACAACACUGUUUUAAUUGCUGAGACUGUGCAGCAAAAGAAGCUCCUGGGGAAAUAUAACCGAGUGUCUCAGUUUGCUGUGGAGGAAUACCAGGCCUUGCAGGACAUGUUGAACCUGGAGCGAGACCUGAGGACCGAGGCAGAGAACUUUGGCAGAGCGAUGGUGGUGGAGCAGAAGAAGCUGAAGAGGCAGAGCGACAUCCUGAUGCAGAGCUCCUCGUCCUGCCGGGCUCUAGAGGACGCCCUCAGCCAGGUCGCCAGACUGACCGAGGAGCUGGAGGCACAGAGGCUGGAGCACCGGGACCAGAUAAAGCAGAUGGAGGACAAGCUGAGGAGCUGUGAGACUCAGAGGGAACUGACGGCAUUGAGGCGCAAACUGGAGCUCGUGGAGGAGGAGAAGAGGGAGUACGGUGACAAAUGCUCCAAGGCUGAAGUGGAGGUCAAGGAUCUGCGGUUUACAGUGGAGGAGCUUCAGAAGAAGCUGCAGGCAGCUACCAACCCACCCCCAGCUCCAGCUCCAGCUCCAGCACCUCCCCCACCGCCUCCACCUCCUCCAGCCCCAGCUCUGGCCUCCAACCCUCUCAGCUCGCUGUUGUCUCUGAUCCGAAAAAGACGGGACAUCAGUACUGACAUCCCGCUAGUGGUCCAGGACUCUGCCAAGACACCAGAGUUGGACGUCAGGCAGCAGGCCGUGGACGAAAUGAUGCAAAGGAUCAAGAGAGGCGUCCAGCUCCGACCGGUCGGCCAGUCCCCCGAUAGAACGAGGAGACAGAUGCAGAGGCUGCCCUCUAAUUCUGCCAUCCAGGAACUUAAAGGAAUCAUGGAGAAUUUCAAUAGAACCUCCCCCCAGCCGAAGGCGGCGUCUCCGUCAGCAAACCCCGACGGGGAGCUGCAGAGGAUCCUGCUGCGACGGCGGGACGCGCUGGACUCCCAACGCAACGGCAGUCCUCAUCCCAUCCUCUCCCCUGCGGUGUGAGGGGGGGUGGGGGGGGGGGGGGGGGCGCCACCAGGCUGAGGUCGGCCCUGACAUGAGUAUCCAGAGAAUACGCAUCUCUGGAUGCUCAGACUCAGUUCUUCCACAAACUGAGGAGCCAUGAGAGGGGUCCGGCCAGGGGGGUUGACGAAGGGGCCUUCUGCUCGACACGUCCGGCACAGACAGGAGGCCGGCGUUGUCCCUGACACGGCCGUGUGUGGGAGCGUGUGUGUUUUCUGGCAUUUGAUUCGUCCCUCAACAGCCUCUUACAUCCUUUU